GAAAAAUAUCUGGCCCAUUAAGUUAGGGAAGAUAUUAGUGACUAUUCAGUAAGUUAACUACACAGUAAUAAAGUAUGGGAAGAAGAGCCAAGUCUAAACAGGGCUUGCCGCCCACCUUUGAAGAGAUCCAGGCCGAGAAGGAGCGUAAACAGAACAAGAACAAGAGAAGUGCCGAGUCUGAUCGUGGAGAUAGUAAGAAACUGAAGUCUAAUGGUAAGUCUAAUGGGAAGUCUAAUGGGAAGCCAAGUAAGGAUAACAAGUCUAAGGGUAAACCUAAGUAUGAGAAGAAAGUUAGAGAGGAUGUAGUAGAGGAUGCAGCAGAUUUACCUCAAGUGGACUUAGAAGAGUUAUCAUCUGCCAAAAAGUCAUUAUUUGAUGAGUCUGAAGAAGAAGAAGAAGAAGACAUAAAUGAUGAAUUUGAUUUAGAAGAUGCCAAUGAAGAUGAGAUGUUUGACUCAGAUGAAGAAGGAAGAGAAAGACCCAUGUUUUCUGAUGAUGAAGAGGAUGAUUUGGAGACUUUGAAUGCUGCCAAUAUGGAAGAGUAUUCUCGUAGACUUGAACAAGAAGAAGCCGAAGAAGCUGAAGAAGCUGCUAAGGAAUUACAAGAAUCUCAAAUUCAACCUCGUGCCAAAGUAUUACCUAGUGAUGAAGAACUUGCUGUAUUAGGAAAUGGACCACAAGACGUGACUAUGGUAAGAACCAGAAUGAUAGAAAUUGUUAAAGUAUUAGAAAAUUUUAAAGAUUUAGCUGAAGAAGGUAGAUCUCGUACUGAAUAUGUUAAUAGAUUACUUAGUGAUAUUUGUGAAUAUUUUGGAUAUUCUGAAUUUUUAGCUGAUAAAUUAUUUCAUUUAUUUUCUCCAUCAGAAGCUAUGGAAUUCUUUGAAGCUAAUGAGAUUGCUAGACCAAUAACUAUUAGAACUAAUACUUUAAGAACUAGACGUAGAGAUUUGGCUCAAGCAUUAGUUAAUAGAGGAGUGAAUUUACAACCAAUUGGUUCAUGGACUAAAGUUGGAUUACAAGUAUUUGAUUCUCAAGUUCCAAUUGGUGCAACCCCAGAAUAUCUUGCAGGUCACUAUAUCUUACAAGCUGCUUCAUCAUUUUUACCAGUAAUUGCCUUAGAUCCUCAAGAAAAUGAAAGAGUACUUGAUAUGGCUGCUGCUCCCGGUGGUAAAACAACAUAUAUUUCAGCCCUUAUGAAAAAUACUGGAUGCGUAUUUGCUAAUGAUGCUAAUAAAGCUCGUACUAAAUCUUUAAUUGCAAAUAUUCAUAGAUUAGGAUGUAAGAAUACUAUAGUAUGUAAUUAUGAUGCCAGAGAAUUUCCUAAAGUUAUUGGAGGAUUUGAUAGAGUCUUAUUAGAUGCUCCAUGUUCAGGUACCGGAGUUAUUGCAAAGGAUGAAUCAGUUAAAGUUAGUCGUACAGAAAAGGAUUUUAUUCAAAUUCCUCAUUUACAAAAACAAUUAUUAUUAUCAGCCAUUGAUUCAGUAGAUGCAAAUUCUUCUACAGGAGGAAUCAUUGUAUAUUCUACUUGUUCAAUUGCCGUUGAUGAAAAUGAAUCAGUAGUAGAUUAUGCUUUAAGAAAAAGACCUAAUGUUAAAUUAGUUGAAACUGGUUUACAAAUUGGUAAAGAAGGGUUUACAUCAUAUCGUGGGAAACAUUUUAAUUCAAAAUUAUCCCUUACAAGACGUUAUUAUCCUCAUACUUAUAAUGUUGAUGGAUUUUAUGUAGCUAAAUUUAAAAAGAUUGCUUCAUCACCUCAUGAUGUUUCCAAGGCAGGAGCUCAAGAAAAGGAAUCCUUAGCAAGAUCUGAAGCUGAAGAAGAAGGUAUUAUUCAUGAUGAUUUUGCUGAAUUCGAACAUGAUGAAGAUGCUGCUAUUAUUGAAUCAUCGGUUAAGAGAAAUUUAAAGAGAAAAGGUAUAAAUCCUCAUGCCAAAAAGGAAAAGGAAAAGGCAUUAUAGUUCUAUUUACUGUACAUUAUUG